AUGCCUCACCUGGAAUCAGUUGUACAUCAUCCGCAACCAAUUUUAAAUCAUCCAGCAUCGAUUAUGCCUCAUCUAGAAUCAAAUCAGCAACAUUCCAAGUUAGGUUCUGGAAAUUCUGCAUCAACUUCAAUGUAUUUGCUAAAUCCUCAGGAGCAUUCAGAUGUGCGUGAGGUUUUACAAUAUUCAGAUUCAACUCAGCAAAAUUCAUUUUUUGAUUCAUCAAAUCCUGUUCAGACUUUACUAUGGUCGAAAUCAGCGGCACAGAAUUUAAAAGGAACUGAGGAGUACUCGGUUUCUACUCGAAAUCAUUCUAUCAGUCGUCCAAUUCCACGACAUUUGUCAAUAGCUGUGCAACAUUCGUUGUCAAAUUCAGCAACUGUAAAAAGUCCGCAAUUAGUUCAGGAGCACUCAGAAUCUCCUCCACAAGAUUUAGCACCACCCCAGCAUCAUCCAGUCUCUGAUUCACAACAUCCAAUAACAACCUCAUAUAAUUCAGAACUAGCUCCACAAAAUUUAGUGCCAUCCCAGCAUCAUUUAACAUCUGAUUCACAAUUUUCACAAACAAUUCUACAGCAUCCACAAUCAACUUUGCAACAUCCGAUUUACCCUACACAUUAUUGGGCACCUUCACAAUUUCUAUUACCAGCCUCACAAUAUUCUGAAUCGACUCCACGAGAGUUGCAAUCAACCUUUCCAUACUUGAUGCCAGGUGCGCAGCCUUGGACACCAAAUUCACAAUUGCAAGCACUAAAUUCACAAUAUUUACGACCAUUCUUUUUGGGAUCAGUUUAUCAAUAUCAAGUAUCAAGCCCACAUUAUCUGGCUCCAGUUUCACAAUCAGCUCCACAAUAUGCACAACCACCUUUUUCAUACUAUCCAGUAUCAUAUCCGCAAAAUUCAAUCCUGCCUGAAGCAUAUCCAGUAUUACGUCCAUUGCCGCAGUAUAUGGUGUCAUCUACACAAAGUGCAGUACCAUCUUCUACAGUUCUGGAGCCAAUUUUCAUAAAUUUAGUUUCACCAUCAGCGAAUUCAACAAUGUAA